AUUUAUAAUUAUUUUUUACUUUCAUCAAUGGUUAAAUUUGCAUAAAGAAGAAAAGAUAAAUCAAGUUUAAGUGUGAUACACUUAAACUAAAAAUAGAAAGAUCAUUUAAAUUAAUUAAACGUAUACUUACAUGAAGGAGCAGGAAAUUCCAGAGUAUUUAGAGGGUUGUGGAUUAUUGGCUGCAGCUAGCAAUAAUAUGCCUGAGGCAUGCAAUUUCAUUAAAGAAACCUGUAUCCAGGUUAAAGAGCAAACCAAAGAGAAGAAGUUUGCGAGUGCUUCAAUAUCAACUAGUGAGACGAAGAAAAUUGUUACGGUCAAACACCCUGAGUCUAAUAAACCUAAACCUACUACAAAAAAAGGAAAACCUAUACAAGCUGACUUGGAUGUCUCGAAAGAAUUUUUAAAGUGUAGAGAUGAGGGUUUCAAAAGGCUUGAUCUGAGUAAAUCUAGCAUUACAAAUCUUCCAAAUAGUGUUAGAGAUUUAGCACAUCUUGUUGAAUUCUAUUUGUAUGGUAAUAAAUUAGUAACCCUUCCUUCAGAAAUAGGAAGCCUGAAAAAUUUAAAAACUCUUGCAUUGAGUGAGAAUUCAUUGACAAGUUUACCUAGUACUCUAGAGAACCUAAAGCUGCUCAAAGUUUUAGAUCUAAGGCAUAACAAACUCAGUGAGAUUCCAGAAGUUGUUUAUAAACUUACAUCAUUAACAACACUGUUUCUCCGCUUUAACAGAGUAAAAUAUGUUAGUGAUAACAUACGAAAUUUGACGAACCUGACAAUGUUGAGUUUAAGGGAAAAUAAAAUUAAGGAGCUUCCCGCUGGCAUUGGAAAACUUAUCAAUCUUGUCACAUUUGAUGUCUCGCAUAAUCAUUUGGAACACUUACCGAAAGAAAUUGGCAAAUGUAUUCAGUUAUCUACUCUUGAUUUACAACACAAUGAGCUUCUAGAUAUUCCAGAAACAAUUGGAAAUCUCGUAUCUCUAACGAGAUUAGGUUUAAGAUAUAAUCGCCUUUCGAAUAUUCCCAAAUCUUUGAUUAAUUGUAAACUUAUGGAUGAAUUCAGUGUAGAAGGAAAUCAAGUAUCUCAGUUGCCCGAUGGAUUACUUUCAAGUUUAUCAAAUCUAAAAACGAUUACACUAUCAAGAAAUACUUUCAUGGCUUAUCCAUCUGGUGGGCCUUCACAAUUUAUAAAUACUUAUUCUAUCAAUCUGGAACAUAACAAAAUCGACAAGAUUCCAUAUGGUAUCUUCUCAAGAACUAAAAAUCUUACAAAAUUAAACAUGAAGGAGAAUCAAUUAACUGCUUUGCCACUUGAUACUGGGACUUGGAUUAAUAUGGUAGAGUUAAAUUUAGGCACAAAUCAACUGACAAAGAUUUCAGAUGAUAUACAAUAUCUUCAAAAUCUCGAAAUACUCAUUCUCUCAAAUAAUCUCUUAAAACGUAUUCCUAGUAGUAUUGCUAAUUUACAUAAGUUAAGAGUACUUGAUCUUGAAGAAAAUAAAAUUGAUUCAUUACCAAAUGAAAUUGGUUUUCUUAAAGAUCUACAAAAGUUAAUUUUACAAUCUAAUCAAGUUACUUCAUUACCACGAGCUAUUGGUCAUCUUACGAAUCUCACACAUCUCAGUAUUGGAGAAAAUAAUUUAAAUUAUCUUCCAGAAGAAAUUGGUACGCUGGAAAAUUUAGAUUCUCUUUACAUCAAUGACAACAUAAACCUUCAUAACUUACCAUUUGAGCUGGCACUUUGCACUAGCCUUAGUAUUAUGUCAAUUGAAAAUUGUCCCUUAUCGCAAAUACCAUCGGAAAUAGUUGCUGGUGGACCCUCGCUAGUUAUUCAAUUCCUUAAGAUGCAAGGACCCUAUAGAUCUAUGUAACAGAAUUAUAAAUAUAAUUUAUUAAUAAGUUCCAAAAAAAUCUUUCAUUUUUAAUAAAAUAAUAAACAACAAUCAUAUGGAACAUUCAACAAACACUAUUUUAAAAACAGACAUUACAU